AUGAAUGUUAUGCUACCCGAUUCACCACAGAUCGUUGCUAUUCGUGCACCUUCCCCUUCGGCUCAUUAUUCAACCAGUGAUACAAGCAACAGUAAUAGUGCGCAAACACAACAACAACAACAAAUAACUUCACAACAACCAUCAACACCACAACCCGUAUCAGAGUCUUGGUGUUAUACUCAAGUCAAAGUCAUUAGAUUCUCUUACACAUGGACAAUAAAUAAUUUUUCAUUUUGUCGCGAAGAAAUGGGAGAAGCGUUAAAAUCAUCUUCAUUCAGUGCAUGUUCAAAUGAUAAGCUAAAAUGGUGUUUACGUUUGAAUCCUAAAGGUUUAGAUGAAGAAUCAAAAGAUUAUUUAUCAUUAUAUUUAUUAUUGGUAGCUGCUAGCAACAAUAAAACUGAAACACGUGCUAAAUUUAAAUUUUCCAUAUUGAAUGCAAAAGGUGAAGAAACAAAAGCAAUGGAAUCACAGCGUGCUUAUCGUUUUGUUCAAGGAAAGGAUUGGGGUUUCAAGAAAUUUAUUCGACGUGAUUUUUUAAUUGAUGAAACAAAUGGAUUGUUACCCGAUGAUAAACUGACGUUAUUUUGUGAAGUUAGUGUUGUGGCUGAUUCAGUUAAUGUUUGUGGACAAACGCCCAUCAGUUUAUUUAAAGUGCCAGAUUGUAGAUUACCUGAAGAUUUUCAACUAUUAUUAGAUAAUCCUGUUUAUUCUGAUGUCACAUUAGUAUGUGGUCAAAGAGAAUAUAAGGUACAUAAAGCAAUAUUAAGUGCAAGAUCAAGAGUAUUUCAAGCAAUGUUCGAACAUCAAAUGUUAGAGAAUCAAUCUAGCCGAGUUAAAAUCGAAGAUAUUGAUAGUGAUGUAAUGAAUGAACUAUUAAGAUUUUUAUAUACGGGAAAAACGAUAAAUAUUGAUAAAAUGGCUGACUCAUUAUUGAGUGCAGCUGAUAAAUACGGUUUAGAACGUUUGAAAGUACAAUGUGAAGAAACAUUAUGUAGUCUAUGUGAUAAAGAUAAUGUUGCUGAUACAUUGAUUCUAGCUGAUUUACAUUCAGCUCAGCAAUUGAAACAACAAGCGAUCGAUUAUAUAAAUGCACAUGCACAAGAAGUAUUUGACACACCUGGAUUUCAGACAAUGAUACGCACCCAUCCACACUUGAUAGCCGAUGCAUAUUUAGCAAUGGCCAAAGAGAAAGGAGCAUGUGGACCACCAAGAAAAAAACAACGGACGACAUAA